GUGGAAGGAGGGUCGUCAGACGCACGCAGAUGCACCGCUUUUCCGCACUACCUUUCCAUCCUGUGCAAACUAGGAGAUUUGUUAAACGAACACUGUGUAACAGAGGUCCUUUUCAGUAGAUCUGGACGUCCUUCAACAACCAGCUUCGCGCAAUCGUGCGCAACUGGAGAGGAGCGUCGCGGAGCAGAUUUCCUUCAGUGUUCUGAACUGUUAUAUUAAGUGAAAUGAAGGACUGUAAUGAUUAAACUGCAGCAAGAUCUUUUUUUUUUGAGUCACUGAAGUGUGUUGAAAUUCCUCAGCACUCAUCGUGCAACAUUUUUUCUCUGUCUGUCUUUCGGACGACAGAAUCGUUCGAGGCAACCCAAAGUUCCGCAGGCGCAGUUCUCCUCCACACAGCGGUGCAGGAGUCCGACUCGGCUGUUGCCGUGGUACUUGCCAGUAGAUAGAUAGCAUCGUCGGUAGGAGGGGAUACAGAGACUCCUGCAGGCUUAUUGUAGCAGCCUGCAGUCGCAGGUGUUUCGCUGAUCUGCCUGUGAGGGACUGGCGGGUUCCAUCCUGACCGAGUCGCUCUCAGACUUGUGAGAAACAGAAAAAAGAAAGAAACCCUGGGAGAAUGUUGCACCAAGUACAAUGAGCGCAGACUUGUCGCAGACACUAAAAUCCAUAUAUGCUCCGCCGAUUUCAGUUUUGAUGAGCAAUUCUGACUCGUCUUUGGAAUUUUAAAAAGUGGAUCCCGCGACUUUAUAACCAUGCGAAAUACUUGGCUGUCUCCCCGGAGUGCGAUUUGGGAAUACUGGACAUCGCUGAUUGCAUGUCUCUUUUGGAUUCAGUACACUUACGGGAUGCCUCAUGUUAUUCGAAUAGGUGGGAUUUUCGAACAAACAGACGGACCUGUUUCACUUGUUAGCGCAGAGGAGCUUGCCUUUAAAUUUGCUGUCAAUAAUAUUAACAGAAACAGGACUUUGUUGCCAAACACAACUUUAACAUAUGACAUACAGAGGAUUAAUAUCUAUGACAGCUUUGAGGCAUCAAGAAAAGCUUGUGACCAGCUGUCUUUAGGUGUGGUUGCAAUAUUUGGGCCCUCACAUAGCUCAUCGUCAAAUGCUGUGCAGUCCAUCUGCAAUGCACUGGAAGUGCCACACAUCCAGGUGCGGUGGAAACAUCACCCGAUGGACAACAGGGACACCUUUUAUGCCAAUUUAUACCCAGAUUACUCGUCCUUAAGCUACGCUAUCCUGGACCUGGUGCAGUUUCUCAAAUGGAAAACAGCCACUGUUGUAUAUGAUGAUAGCACAGGUCUUAUAAGACUACAGGAGCUGAUAAUGGCCCCAUCCAGGUACAACAUCCGACUAAAGAUCCGUCAGCUUCCUCUUGACACGCAGGAUACGAGGCCCCUUCUCAAAGAAAUGAAGAGAAGUAGGGAGUUCCGCAUCAUCUUUGACUGCAGUCAUCACAUGGCUGCACAGAUUCUGAAACAGGCCCAGACCAUGGGGAUGAUGACAGAGUAUUACCACUAUAUCUUCACCACUCUGGACCUGAUGGCCAUUGACUUGGAGCCGUAUCGCUUCUGUGGCGUAAACAUGACCGGUUUCCGCAUUCUCAAUGUGGACAAUCCUCAGGUUUCAUCUAUUGUGGAGAAAUGGUCAAUGGAAAGGCAGAUACCACCUAAACCUGACUCCGGCCUGCUGGAGGGAAUCAUGACGACAGAUGCAGCUCUGACCUAUGAUGCAGUCCACAUUGUAUCCGUUUCCUACCAGCAUGCUCCACAGAUGACGGUAAACUCACUGCAGUGCCACCGCCACAAACCCUGGAGAUUUGGAGGACGCUUCAUGAGUUUCAUCAAAGAGUCCCACUGGGAUGGUCUUACGGGGAGACUGUCCUUUAACAAGACAACUGGUCUACGCACAGACUUCGACCUGGACAUCAUCAGUCUAAAGGAGGACGGACUUGAAAAGGUAGGGAAGUGGAGUGCGUCGGGAGGUCUUAACAUCACAGAAGUGCCGAAGCGAAAAGGGAUGAACAUCACUGAUUCCCUGGCUAACCGCUCCCUUGUCAUCACCACUAUCCUGGAGGAGCCAUAUGUCAUGCUUAAGAAGUCUGACAAGGCGCUGGUUGGGAACGACCGUUUCGAAGGAUUCUGCAUUGACUUGCUAAAAGAGCUGGCCAACAUCCUGGGCUUCACAUAUGAGAUCCGUCUGGUUCCUGAUGGGAAAUAUGGCUCUCAGGACGAAAAGGGCCAGUGGAAUGGCAUGAUUAGGGAACUUAUAGAACAUAGAGCAGACUUGGCAGUAGCUCCUCUCACCAUCACCUACAUGCGUGAAAAGGUCAUCGACUUCUCCAAGCCCUUCAUGAGCAUGGGCAUCAGCAUCUUGUAUCGCAAACCCAACGCUACCAACAAUGGCUUCUUCUCAUUCCUGAACCCCAUGACUCCUGAUAUCUGGGUCUACAUCCUGCUGGCCUACCUAGGUGUUAGCUGUGUCCUUUUUGUCAUUGCCAGGUUCAGCCCGUACGAAUGGUACGACGCCCAUCCUUGUAAUCCCGGAUCAGAUGUGGUGGAGAACAACUUCACCCUCCUCAACAGCUUCUGGUUUGGAGUUGGUUCCUUAAUGCAACAAGGCUCAGAAUUGAUGCCCAAAGCCCUGUCGACCAGAAUAAUUGGCGGGAUCUGGUGGUUCUUCACACUCAUCAUCAUAUCAUCCUAUACAGCUAAUUUAGCAGCUUUCCUCACUGUGGAAAGAAUGGACUCCCCUGUGGACUCAGCUGAUGACAUUGCCAAGCAGACCAAGAUUGAGUACGGUGUGGUUAAAGAUGGUGCAACUAUGACUUUCUUCAAGAAAUCUAGGGUUUCUACUUUUGAGAAGAUGUGGGCCUUUAUGAGCAGCAGGCCGAGAACAUCAUUGGUGAAGUCCAUUGAGGAUGGAAUUCAGAGGGUGCUGAAGUCAGACUACGCCCUCAUUACGGAGUCGACCACUAUUGAUUACAUCACGAGGAGGAACUGUAACCUGACACAGGUGGGAGGGAUUAUCGACAGCAAAGGUUACGGCAUCGGCACUCCCCUCGGCUCCCCAUACAGGGACAAAAUCACCAUAGCAAUCUUAAGCAUCUUGGAGGAUGGGCGCCUACACAUGCUGAAGGAGAAGUGGUGGAGUGGGAGCAGCUGCUUGGAUGAAGAGCGUCGUGAGACAGGCCCCAUGGGUAUCCAGAACCUGGGUGGUAUAUUCAUUGUGCUGGCAUCUGGCUUAGUGCUGUCUGUUUUUGUGGCAAUCGCUGAAUUCAUCUACAAGCUAAGGAAGACUGCGGAACAUGAACAGGUCUUUGUGCAGUGCCAUGGUGGACGAGAUCAGACUGUCGUUCACCUGCGAGAGACGGGUGAAACACAAGCCACAGCCUCCAGUCAUGGUGAAGACGGAUGCAGUGAUCAACAUGCACGCUUACAACGACCGACGACUCCCAGGAAAGGACAACUUGAGCUGCAGCACUGGGAUGACUCCCGUAUUCCCAUGACAUUGUGUUCCCCACAGGGCAAGAACCUCCUGAGCAACGUGUCAGGGGUGGUGCCAGAGACUAGAGACAAUGGCAUAGACGGGAUCACCAGAUACUCCAUUAACCACAGUGACAUGGGGACACUAACGAAACACGGGCAUCUCAAAAUGGCAGCAUCAGCCACACAGGUAUGACAACAUUCACCACUAAAAUCCAACUACAAGAGGUAAAAAAAAUAGCUGGAGAGCUUCUGUGGGAAAAAAAAAAAUCAAUUCCUGAAAAGGUGGAACAGUAUACCCAAAUAGUCAGUUUCAAGUCUGAUGUUUACGUGCGCAACACAAAAACACAAGAAAAAACAACUUUCAAGGAAUCCUCAGUCAGUGAAAAGACUGGAAAUUUUGUGUGAGAAUAAGGCCUAAAACAAGAAGAAAGGUUUUGUGGAGAAUGGCAAUAAAUGACAGACAUACAAUGCAAGGAGGACAAAGAAGAGAAGUUUUCAUUGAAGAUGAGUUCUGCCACACGUGAAAAUUGUGACAUAAAAAAAUUCUUACCUUUAUCCUGUUUAUUUAAUUUUUUGAAUGGCCUUUUGACAGCAGAAAAUAAUGUUACCUCAAACAUGUUGUCUAGGCUAGAAUGGUUGUCUUUGAAUCACAAGCUGUAGGAAUACCCAUUUAGCAUCUGCAGUAUUGUUACUGGUGGAAAGCCACAGCAAGAUGUGGAUCAGUAAAUUUAAGUUUGUCGUAACUGUGAUGUGUAAUUAACUAUAUUGUUAGACACAAGCAAUCCAUCACUGAUGCAAAGUGGAUUGUGGAGAAAUCUAUAUUACAAACAAGAGAUUCCACCAUGUACUAUUGGAUCUUAUUGUUAUGGGAUUCAAUUCAUUUGAAGUACAUUUUAAGUCAAAUGAUUUUGUACAUGAUUGAAUUUUAAUCAGUAACAAUAUUGAUAGCCAAAGAUCUGACCAUUCAAUAGAACUAUGUACAGAAAGAGCCACUACUGUUCACUUAGUUUUUUAGGGCACUCAUUUUUGUGUUUAAUGCAAAGCAAAUUGAUGUGGUUUUUCCAGCCAUUCAGGGUAGUACGUAUCCAAAGUAAAUUGUAUUUGGCACAGUUGUGGCAUUGUAUAUUUGCUGGUUUUUUAAACCAGAUCACCUCAAAAUAUCAUUACCAACACUGUAAUGUAAAACAAUUAUUGCAUAAACAAUAGAAUACUUUCUUGAUCAGAUGUCUUUCUUGAAACAAACCUGGGUGCUGUGUAAUUUCCAAAUGGAUAAUCAUGGAAAUAUUGGGCAUUUAUAUGAACCGAUUUCUAAUAAUGAAAUGGUAGCAUGUACCACUGUACUUUUCCAAAACCUCCAUGUAUUGACUGGGUUGGAAGGCAUUAGAUCAGGCGUUUCUGUUAAUAUCUAAGAUAAGUAAAGAACUGCAAGGCACAGAGACAAAAGGUAAGCGACUGUGACCUUAAAACGUAAGUGCAUUUUUUGAGUGCAUUUAAUCACGACCUUCAUUAAACUAUGUCCUGGUCUUUGUCCAUGUGUGGCCACAGAACCACUGAAUGUUCCAGGUACUUCUGAACUUUUUUUUUUUGAGCAGUUCGUUUCUCAGAUGUGAUCUAGAGGCUCUUUGGCAGAAAAAUGGUUGCUUUGCAUUAAAAAAAAACUAAGAAGGGGUUGGUUUUAAGGCAGAAAAGAAAUAUUUUGGGGUUAUCAAGUUGUUUUUCUGUUCAAUUUACCUGAUGGACUGAGUCAAUCCAUACUUGUGUGUCAACACGUGAAAGACAAUGUGGUGAAUAGACAAAAGACAGUUGAUAAUUUUGUGUGUUCGUGGUGACUUUAAUGCCUACAUUGAGUAUGUGUAUAUCUUCAGCAAGUGUCACACCGAAGGAAGAUUCGAGGAGUCUGUGAGCUGCAGUCACCUGGGAGCUGAACGAACAGCAAACCUCUGUGAGGUUUACGUUGUUGAAAUACAGAGACAAAAAAGAAAAAAAACUUAACUAUCUAUGAUUCAAGGAAACUCCAAUCUGUAAAACUUAGCAUUGGUUUGGUAGAGAUUCACUGUAUAAUUGUUUAUUGAUUCCCUUCUGCAAAGUAGAGUAUGUAGAUAAGAUCAGCAGGAGAAAAUGUAUUUUGCUAAAUUUAUACUGUUAUAAAUGAAUUCUGUUCACAGUCAAAUAUGUUCUAGAUGCUAUUUAUUUCAUUAGAGAGGUCACUUUAACCUACUCCCUCACUUUAUCCCAGUUCCACAGCCCCAAAUGUUGUUUAUUUAUUUAAUGGAAAUGCAUUAUAAUAUGGUAUAUUGGAUUACUAUCAUCCAAAUGGGAAAAUGUAUGUAAAUCUUCUUUUAUGAUGGCUAAUAUAUUUCUACAAGGUGAACAUGAAAUGGAGAUAGCGAGCUUCCCCAACAGUGUAGGGUACACUCUCUUAGACUAGGUUUAUCUUAUAUAAGUGGACCUUACUCUUCAUGAAAUCUGGAUUGCAACUUGGUAUACAGUAUGGCUGAUUUGCAGUUAUACUAUAUUACUGCUACCCUCGUGUGUACUGUAGCUUUUUCAUGCAGGUGAUUCAAAGACUCCAGAUUGCUCGUAUUUCACCUCUGUAAUAUGUGAAAAUAAUUAAAAAUGUCAUCAUAAUCAAAAAUUAGUUGGAAUUACCACAGGGUUUAUGAUUUGGCUGAUUCAGUCAGUUUGACUACUGGAUAUAUACAUCUUUUUUUUAAUAAAUUAAUGUGAAUAAUACUGUCAUUUUACACAAAAAUUGUAUGAAAUGUGAGAGAAAAGUAACGCAAAAUGUAAGCUACAUAACCUGUGUUCCAUUAGCAGUGUGUGAUACGAGUUUUGAUUUUCCAGCGGUCAUGACGGUAUGCCUUUUUAUGUAUACCUUUCUUUUGUUUUGCAAAGCUUCUCUCAUUUAGCAGAAAACCUCUCAAACAAUACGAUAAAUAUGUUGGUGCCAACCAGGGUUUUCUUUGUGCACAUGCAGAAUUUCUAUGAAUAUAGUUUUUGUAAGGUUUUGUAAGAAAAAAAGGAAAAAAAGAUUUUGUUUUCCUAGUAACUAUAUGUGUUAAAAGAACAUUAGAAUAACCGACAUCUGAGUAAAACAUGGGGAAAAUGAACAAAGUACUAUAGAAAAGCUAUUGAAUUAUUUUCUUUUUAACACACUGUGAAUAAUUCAAUUGUACAGUUUGCUGUAUGGGUUAUAUGAAGUUUUAAAUAAAAAAUACAAACUAUA